GCUACGCUGACGGCACGCGCGUGAUUUGGUACGCGCGAGCGGUCGGUCGAGCCGUCGGUCCGGCUCGUCGGUCGCGCGUACGUCGGUCGAACGACGAGCUGUGAGAUUGUAUCGUUGCGUUCAGUGCUUCGCUGACGGAACGCGCGUACGUACAUUCAAAGCAAAAAUGAAUAUUGAUACAGAGCGUCUUAUUACAGAAGUGCGGCUUCGUCCGGUAAUAUGGGAUUUAUCGCAUGUAUUUUAUAAAGAUCGUGAUGCUAGAAUAAGUGCUUGGCAAGAAGUUUGUAAAGAAUUAAUUCCGGAUUUCGACGAUAAAUCCGAGAGUGAGAAAAAGGAUAUAGACAAACAAGUGCAGCAGAGGUGGAAAACUGCGCGAGACGCUUAUGUGAGGUGUAAGGCUACAUUAAAGAAUAUACCGUCUGGAUCUGGAGGUAAAAAAAGGAAGACAUAUGUUUAUUUUGAGUUUAUGAAAUUUCUGGAUAAUAAACGAGAAUUGAAUACCGAGGAUUCAAUUUUGCCAAAUGAGAAGCCAAACCAAAAUGAAACUGCUGAAUACCAAAACGAAGGUGCUGUCGUAUCUCAACCUACUGGAAACGAAGGAACUCUUGAACCUCAGCAUUCAACUUCCGAUGAUUCCAACAUUAAUCAAAACAGCAAAACUGCCUCUAACGGUGGACGAAAAUUCACGCGAACACGUCAAAAAACUCGCAAUGAAGAUGAGUUUGACAGAGAAAUGCUGACUUUCUUUAAAGAGAAUGCAAAAGUUAUGCAAAACGAUGAUAUGGCGUUUUUCAGUUCACUGUUGCCGAUUACUAAUACUUUUUCUAUCGAGCAAAAAUUAAUAUUUCGUCAAGAGGUGCUACAAAAAGCCUUGGAAAUUUCAAGGCUCGGCUUACACCGUCCAGGAACAUCGCAUUCUUUUACUUCAUCAGAUUCGCAACAUAGUAAUUCUAUGACGUUGUACCCAGUGGUACAAUCUCCUAUUCAAACACUGCCCGGUCAGUCAAAUAUCCAACAGUCCUAUUUGAUAGAGGAACCCUCUUCUCAGCUGAUUCAUAUACAGACAAAUGAUUCAUCCAAUCAAAACUGUAUUAUAAACGAUUUUCUCACGUUCAAUAAAAAAAUGUAAUUUUUUAAAUAAAUGUUGAUUAAAAAUUUUGAGUAUUUUAUUAUUUUAUUAUUG